AUGCCAGUUGCCCCUCUGCGCGCCUGGAGAGUGCGUCGCCGCCGGCGCUUCCGCGUGCGUUACCGCUACAAGUACCGGCUCAACAUACUAUACCGAGAUAUCAGCGAAGCCUUUGAGAAGAGGUACAACCAGUUUCUCAAAAUGAACCCCGAUAUCCUCGAGUACUACGGUAGCCGGGGAUUAGACAGGCUGUUCGAGAUUGACACCGGUGGAGAGACGGAGGUUUCCUAUAACAAUCUGCGAUCGGCGCUCCGGAGACGGUCGGAAUGGGCGAGGAUGACUGGUUCUCCUGCCUCUCCACUUCCCUUUAGUGCUUCCUCCUCCUCAUCGCCGUCGUGA